GCCGCGGCCGCCGCUGCGUGCGCGCCCUCUGCCCCUACCUCCACACUCCGCCCCGGCCGCCAUUGCCUCGUGCCCGCGCUAGUCGGUUGGUGGCGCCUUUGUCCUACGGCGGGCAGGUGGGCAGAGGCCGAGGCGGCAGCGGCGGGCCUGAGGCGGAGGAGCGGCGGGGAGGCGGCCACGCCGGUAGCGGGAUCCCUAUAGCUUUGGAGAUAGUCGCGAUACAAGGCGUGAUCGCUCUCCAAUUCGAGGAAGUCCAAGGAGAGAACCCAGGGAUGGCAGAAAUGGCCGGGAUGCCCGUGAUAGCAGAGACAUUCGAGAUCCUCGGGAUUUGCGGGACCGCAGAGACAGCAGGGACAUUCGGGAUCACAGAGACAGCAGAAGUGUACGUGAAGCCCGGGACCUGAGGGAUUUUCGGGACUUUCGUGAUCUAAGAGACUCUAGAGAUUUUCGAGAUCAUCGAGACCCUGUGUAUGACAGAUACAGAGAUAUAAGAGAUUCCAGAGACCCUUUGUACAGGAGAGAAGGCUCAUAUGACCGUUAUCUGAGGGUGGAUGACUAUUGCCGGAGGAAGGAUGACUCGUACUUUGACCGGUACAGAGAUAGCUUUGAUGGACGGGGCCCUCCUGGCCCAGAGAGUCAAUCUCGAGCAAAAGGUGAAGCCGCAUCAGUGUGUUCCCAUUACUGGAGGGGGAAGUCACCAAAGAUUUGUGGACACCAGCACCUCUACACAAAGGGCUCAGUGAUUCAGCCAGGCAGUCCACAGAUGUUAAUGUUGAUUUUUAAAUGCAAAUUAGCAUUAUCUUGUAGUUUAAUCAUCCUACAGGAAAUGAGAAAUUGUAAUGUUGACAAAUGAGGAGAAGGUUGCAGGUGAAGGGGCUGGGACUUCCUUGCCUUGUCACUGUUUUGCAGGUAACUGACCACACUUACGGGGUGGGGUUUCAUGUGUCUUUGUCAUUCUUACCUAACAGCUUCUAGGUAGCUUCUUUAGGUAGCUAAAGGUAAGACUAUCUGCAAAGAGUGUCAAACUGUUUUGUACUGGCCAAUUAGAGAUGGGGGGAAACUCAUCUACUCUUGCCCAUUUAACUAAUACUGGGAAUUGGGAAAUUUGAUUUGUUUGUUUGUUUGUUUGCUUCAAAGAAAAUCCAGACAAAUUUACAUUAGAAACAUUAGAGAACUGGGAAGAAUGACAGAGUCCAGUGUCGGAGAGAUAGACAGCUGCUGAUUUUGGGAAAGUUGCUAUAAUCCCGGCCUGGCUCCACCUCCCUGGCAUCUUGUCCAACUUUUUCUUUUUUUUUUAAACAGGAGUAGACCUUGCUGAUUGGAGGUCACUGUGUUAAGCUAGGCAGACCUUGAACUCUGCAGUCCUCUGGCCUCAGUCUUCCAAGUGCUGGAAUUGUACAGACAUGAGUCACCACACUGGGUGAUCCACCUUUUUAAAACAUAACUAACUUCUUUUCUUGGUCAGUUUAGUAGUAGAAUUAUAUAAAGCAUUACAGUGGCUGUGGCCUGUCACCCAAGGUUUUAUCUUGAUGGAUUUAAGAUAGUAGAAAAAAGUAAAAUAUGGUUACGAAUGAGAGACCUGGGGAUUAACUCAGAAUGUCUGACUGCAUUAUAGAAGGACAGCCCUUAUGUUUCCCCUGCUGGUGUCUUGCAGAGCGUUUGAAACGUGAGGAACGACGUAGAGAGGAGCUUUAUCGUCGGUAUUUUGAGGAGAUCCAGCGACGCUUUGAUGCUGAGAGGCCUGUGGAUUGCUCAGUUAUUGUGGUCAACAAACAGACUAAAGACUAUGCUGAGUCUGUGGGGAGGAAGGUGCGAGACCUGGGCAUGGUCGUGGACCUGAUCUUCCUCAACACAGAGGUGUCCCUCUCACAAGCGCUGGAGGAUGUCAGCAGAGGAGGCUCUCCCUUCGCCAUUGUCAUCACCCAGCAGCACCAGAUUCACCGUUCCUGCACAGUCAACAUCAUGUUCGGAACACCACAAGAGCAUCGCAACAUGCCCCAGGCAGAUGCCAUGGUGCUGGUGGCCAGAAAUUACGAGCGCUACAAGAAUGACUGUCGAGAAAAGGAACGUGAGGAGAUUGCCCGACAGGCAGCCAAAAUGGCUAAUGACGCCAUCCUCCAGGAAAGAGAUCGUGGGGGCCCUGAAGAGGGAGGUCGUGGAGGGCACCCUCCAGCUAUCCAGAGCCUCAUCAACCUCCUGGCAGAUAACAGAUACCUCACUGCCGAGGAGACGGACAAGAUCAUCAACUACCUGCGCGAGCGGAAGGAGCGGCUCCUGAGGAGCAGCGCCGACUCUCUGCCUGGCCCGAUUUCCCGCCAGCCACUCGGGGCGGCCUCGGGUUCCUCGCUGAAGUCACAACCAAGUUCACAACCGCUUCAGAGCGGCCAAGUGCUCCCUUCUGCUACACCCACUCCAGCCGCACCCCCCACCUCCCAGCAAGAGCUUCAGGCCAAAAUCCUCAGCCUCUUCAAUAGUGGCGCGGUUGCGGCCAACAGCAGCUCUGCAUCCCCCUCAGUGGCUACCGGAAGCUCCCAGAACCAGAAUUUUUCCACAGCAGCAAACAGCCAGCCUCAGCAAAGACCGCAGGCCUCAGGAAAUCAGCCUCCAAACAUUGUGGGACAGGCAGGGUCUGCUCGGAACAUGGGCCCUAGGCCUGGGGCUCCUUCCCAAGGGCUCUUUGGUCAGCCUUCCAGUCGCCUGGCACCCGCCAGCACCAUGGCUAGCCAGAGGCCUGUAUCUUCCACAGGUAUUAACUUUGACAAUCCAAGUGUACAAAAGGCUCUGGACACCCUGAUUCAGAGUGGCCCUGCCCUUUCCCACCUGGUUAGCCAAACUGCAGCACAGGUGGGGCGGCCCCAGGCCCCCAUGGGAUCUUACCAGAGGCAUUACUGAGGCUCUACUGGUCUACUGUUCCUAGCCCCACCCUUCCCUGGCCCCUCCUACUUCAUCCUAAGUAGAGUUGUUUGGAAGUGUUCGAAACACUUUCCAGGUCAACAUCAAAUAUCCUAAGUUUCUCUCACCACUCCUUCCUGCGGCUGUUGCUUAUCACUUAUCAGAAUCAGAACUUAGACUGCAUUCGGGGCUGGAUCUUUUGUUUGGGUAGAAGAUAAGUGUUCUGGGAUCUGGGCUCAGCUUCUGUCUGGGAUCGCUCUGGCACCUGCCUGGCAGAUUUGGAGGAACAGGAAGAAGCCAAGCGCAGCUGCCCUAUGGGAACACCAUUUCUGGAGGCAGUGGUCAUAGCCUUAGUUUUCACCUCCACAGCAGCCAGAGCUGCGUCCUGCCUGGCUCCCAGUGAAGCCAGGUGGUCUUGGCAGACAGUGUCAUCAUUGUUCCAUCAGAGAAUAGAACUCCAAGGACUCAAGAGUGAUUUCUCUGGACUGUGAAGUGCCAUGUGGCAGCCAGAGAAGAGAGGACUCUUGUGACUGCAUCAGAGUGGUCCCUUGAAGUUGGUUUGGUUUCGUAUUUUUUAUUUUCCUGGAGGGUCUGCAGACAAGUGAGCAGCUCUCUUGGCACUUUGACAUGAACUGUGACUCUGGGGCCCACUGCUCUCCACAGCGUUAGCUGCACCUUUCUCUCCGGCUGCACCUCAUGCAGUCAGCACUGGGGGCAGCUCCAGGCUCUGGAGCUGGACACCUUGGUGGUCCGUGAUUUCUUUUGAGCCCCAGGCUUUUGUUUUCAUUCAGACUCUUGUUCUGUUUUCUGAUGAGCAGGAGACGGGGACCACUUGAUGGUAGACUGUGGUAGUUGGGUAUGUUCUCAUACAGAAGAGCAUUCGUGUAACUUCUGAGACAGGGUGAUGUUUAGAGAAGGGCUCUGGCUGCUGCCCUGAAUGGAGCCAGAGGAAGAAGCGCCUUUUCCUUUGGGAAAGGCUGCUCAUUAAAUGAAGUGAGGAUCAGGUCAGGGGAGGGUCAGGCCUGGCUGGGCGGCAAGAGUGCUAACUCCAGUCCAGUCCCUGCCAGAGGCUGAGCAAACCAGUUUCAAAAGCUAAGUCCCCAAAUGGCAGCAGUUUAUGUUCUGAUCUGUUUGUGUUAUACGGUGGGUCCCCCUCCCCCUUUGGAACUCUUGUGUUGUUGAUAAAAUGAAAUAAUUACUUUUUAAUUAAAAUGAAAAAGUCAGACCUG